AANCCCUUCAAACCCUUUUUUCCGUUUUGCAAAUCCCAUCAUCCAAACAUGACAGACCCUAAUCACUCCAAUUCCUUCAACUUCAUCCCUCUCCCAUCCUCUCCGCCUUCAAAUUCCGGCUUCUCCCAAUGCCGCCACCGUCCUCCUCCUCCUCCGCCACCGCAAGCUCUCCCUCUCCUCAACACCUUCUCGGCGGAAACCACCGAUCAUCCCUCCUCUUCCACCAGCUACGAACACGACUCUCCGCCACUAGCUCUCGACUUCAGCCUCUCUUGCCCUAGCUCCAACUACUCUCGUUCCAUCUCGCCGGACCCCACUGGGAAAACCCUCGACGGCGAUAUUUCCGACCACCCUUUGCCGAUCUCCGGCAAAGGUCAGUUCUGGAUUCCGACCCCAUCUCAGAUCCUCAUCGGUCCUACUCAGUUCUCUUGCCCUCUUUGUUCUAAAGCAUUCAAUAGAUACAAUAAUCUUCAGAUGCACAUGUGGGGGCAUGGUUCGCAAUACAGAAAAGGACCAGAGUCACUAAAAGGAACACAGCCAACGGCAAUGCUUAAGCUGCCAUGCUAUUGCUGCGCGCCAGGGUGCAAACACAACAUCGACAACCCUCGGUCCCGACCGCUCAAGGACUUCCGCACCCUCCAAACGCAUUACAAGCGAAAGCAUGGAAUCAAGCCGUUCACUUGUAGAAAAUGCACCAAAGCCUUCGCGGUCAAAGGCGAUUGGCGAACCCACGAGAAGAAUUGUGGCAAGAUUUGGUAUUGCUUUUGUGGCUCGGACUUCAAACAUAAGCGCUCUCUCAAGGACCACAUUAAGGCCUUCGGUCGUGGACAUGGUGCACUUGGCCUUGACUACUUUGACGACGACAAUGAACCUGGGUCUGAACUUGAACACGAACAACACGAACCUCAACUCCUCUUCCAUCUCCAUUAAUGACAUCCUUUUUUUUGUUGUUGUCGUUUUUGUGUCGUGUGUGUGUUAAAUAAGGCGUUGAACGAUCGAUGUUCAUCGUCGUUAUGUUCUGUGUAUACGAAGCUGCAAAUCAUUUAGUUGUAAAGUUCUUGGAUGGACAUUGUGUUUUAGCAUUCCUUUUGAUUUUUUUAAUAUGACAAUAUCUUUUUUUUU